AAGCUGAGCAAUAAGUCAGCGGGUUAGAAACACACACACAGCUACAGUUCACUGUCUACAUUGCACAUUGCAGACAAGAGAGAUGUCAGGACCCAGGCCUGUAGUUCUUAGUGGACCCUCGGGAGCCGGGAAAAGCACCCUGUUAAAGAGACUCAUGAAGGAAUAUGAAGGGGUUUUUGGAUUCAGUGUAUCUCACACCACUAGAAAUCCUCGACCAGGUGAAGAAGAUGGAAAAGGGCUGAAAUGUCUCCCAAUGCUUCUGGGGGCUACAUUACUUCCUGUAGCAGACAUCCUAUCCUCUGAGACAUCUGAAGAUUACCACUUUGUAACCAAAGAGAAGAUGCAAGAGGGAAUCGACCAGGAGGACUUCAUUGAGAAUGCAGAGUUUUCUGGAAACAUGUAUGGAACCAGUAAAUCAUCUAUAACGGAUGUUCAGGCACAAAACCUCAUCUGCAUCCUGGAUGUUGAUAUACAAGGUGUGAAAAACAUCAAAAAGACUGAUCUAAAUCCAAUCUAUAUCUCCAUCCAGCCACCAUCAAUGGAAAUCUUGGAAAAGCGUCUGAGAGACAGACAAACAGAGACAGAAGAAAGUCUACAAAAGCGUCUGGAGGCAGCAAGGAUUGAUAUGGAGCUGAGUAAAGAACCUGGAACUUUCGACCUGGUUAUCAUUAAUGAUGACUUGGAAGAGGCCUACGAGAAACUUAAAAGUGUUCUUAUUGAGGAAAUUCAGAAGGUACAAGAUUCGCAUGAAUAGGAAAAGAUGAACGACAGUGUUUACA